CCGGCCUGGGCGCCUUCUCCUCCGGCACCUUGACGACGGGGGCCUCGGCCUGCGGCUGGGGCUGUCGUACGCCGGCGACGUCCUCUACGUGCUCUGCUCGGCGCUGCCCAAGUUGCGGCGCCCCACGCGCGACAGGCUGGAGCUGUGGCGGGUUUCGAUUUUGACGUCGGUGGUGUGGUUUGCAAUCGCCGUGGCGGUGGCCGCGAGGACGACGGGAUCGGGAACCGCCGACAGCCGCUCCUCCCUGCUCGCCAUGCUAGUCUUCCUGCUGCCCACCCUGGCGCUGCCCAUGCCCGUCAGAUUCUACUACCCCAUGCAUGCCGUCAAGCUCGCAGCAUUCUUAUUCGUUUUCGACAUCCCCAAGGCAUGCGACGCGGGCUCUAAGUUCCACUACUCCUGGUACUGGGAGCUGGUCAAUUGGGUGUCGUGGGUGACGACGCGGACCAAGUGCGUGACCGGGGAGCCGGAGCCCAGCCUGCCGGAUCCAGGGCUCAGGUGCCAGCACCUCUGGAACUGGUGCUCGCUGCUGAUGCUCCUCUCGGCGGUGCUGCACGCGUGGAUGGGAGAGCACGCGGAGCGCGUCAGCUUCCUUCGAACGAGGGCGCCGGAAGAGACCUCCGGGGAGGACCGCGCGUUCUGGACGCCCUGGAACGCGAUGCUGCCCAAGUUCGUCCUGAUGCACUUGUACUUCCCAAAUGCCCUGUGGCUGCUGCUGCUCCAGUUCUACAAGUCGCAGGAAAGCGCCGCCCUCGGCCAAGGCUGCGUCCCGGGCUGA